UUGUUCCUAAUAGAGUGCACAGAGCUACGUGCAGCGACUCCUAUCCACAGAGUUACAUAGCCUCUAAUUCAUCAUCUCUUUGCAGCACUCACAUUCAUAUUAUAACAAUAAAUCAGAUUAAAAACCAAAAUCACAAAUGCAGCAGGACUAACAGCAUCAUAACCGGGACACGUCGUGUUUCGCUGCAGCAGCGGUGCGCCACACCAACCUGUCCCAUCUCCGCCGCUUGGCUGGCACAAUUUGCAGACGGCAGGAGGAGGAGGAGGAGGGGUUUACCGACAUCAGCACUGCCGCUCACUACAGCACCGAGCAGGCUGUCUGUCUGCUGGACCAGCCACGCCAUCCGUUUAUCGUAACGGGGCUUCACGGAUGUCUGGUCUCGCUCUGCGGGGUUCAGAUAGUGUCCGAGCGGACAGGUCGCGAACCCAGGCGUCGGGGAAGGAGAAGAGCUCGACUCUGCACCUGGAGAGUUUGCAGGAGCGUGUGUCUGCGCCAGGAGGCUGCACAGACCAGAGGAGGGGGAGCAGCAAGAUUUCAUGCAGAAGAGCUCACACAGGGGCACUUUGACUAAGAAGCCAAAUUCUGCACUGCAGUGGAUUUCCUCAGGUGUGUGUAUGCGUGUGAGUGUGGGUGUCAGACUUGACAGUAGACUCGUACAGACUGUACACUUUGCCAUUAAUAUCAGAAGAACCUGCAGAAGCUUGGAGGUCACCCUGUCCUAGAGAACUGUGCACCCCCAGUUUCCAGAUCAGCCAGUUUCCUCCACCAUCUCCCCCAGCACAGUGUGGAGGCUGGUGAGUCUGUGUGUCCAUUAGGAUCACAAACCCCAGCAGGCCUCAGGCAGGAGAGCUGUGACCGACACCUGGAUUUAUACUGUGUAUUUUUAAAGUACUGCAUAGACAUUUAACCAGAAUCUGCAGGACUAAAGCAAAGACCAGCCAACUGUUCUCUUCCCAUUUGUUGUGCUUGGAGGACUCAGAAACGUUGGACCUGCUCUUCAGGCGGUUUUAGGACAAAACCGGUGUUGAAUUCCACCUCAGGGAUGAGAUUUUUGUCAUUUCCACUGUGCUAUCCAAGUAAGCAUGACGUAGCAGAUCUCAGAAGCCAUCACAGGUUUCCCAGGUUUAGACGGAGUUGCAGUUUCACCUCAGGGAUUUUCAACUCACAGAGUUUCUGUUUGGUAUUUUCAAAGUGUUGAACUUGAAAUAAGCAAAUCUCAGGUGACAUUAGUAUUUUUGACUUUGGGACAGUCUUAUGAACUCCUGUUGCCAUGACAUCUGACAGUUUCCAGUACCGGGCGCUGUUUGAAUAUAAGCGGGAGCGUGGUGAUGACAUCAGCCUCCAGCCGGGCGACCUUCUCACCGUCCCCAAGGCCUCACUGAUGGCAACAGUGGGGCUGGAGUACCAGGAGGGGGACGAGCGGAGCCCCAAGGGCUGGCUACAUGGCAUCAAUGAGAGGACCAAGGAGAAGGGACACUUUCCAGGGACCUUUGUGGAGUAUGCUGGGGUGGUGAGGGCCAGCCCGUCUGCAGCUAAAUCCUGGCCCCGGCCAGUUCCGCCAACCCCCGGAGGGCCUCCUGGAGCAGCUGCUGCUUCAGGUGCGGAGGCAGAGCUUUUGUGUGACACGGCUCCUGUGGUUGUUUGGAGACUCAUCGAGGCCAUCGAGAAACACGGUUUGAACAGCGAGUCUCUGUAUCGGGCUCCUUCGGCCUCCGGGGGACCCGCAGAGCUGCGGCACGCUCUGGACUCAGAUCUGCUCUCAGUGGAUCUGGAUCAGUACGAUCUGGCUUCCCUGACUGAUGCUCUCAGAGGGUUCCUGCAGGACCUGCCCGUCCCCAUCAUCCCCACCACAGUCUACAGCGAGCUGGUCUACACUGCUCAAGAGAGUCACACUGUGGAGGAGUGUGGGGAGAGGCUGAAGAGGAUCUUGGAGUCUCCCAGCAUCCCUCAGGCCAACCACCAGCUCCUGGUGCAGCUCAGCAGACACCUGGCCAGGGUCAGCCAGAGCGGUCAGGCCAGUCCCCGGCUCCUGGGACAGGCCUUUGCUGAGGCCGUCUUUAAGCAUCCUCCCCUCAGUGCUGACAUGAACCAGGAGCAUCACAUCAGGAUCUUGGAGGCUCUGGUUGCAGCAGGAGGUCUGAUGGAGAUGCAGACUGCACCAGCUCUUCCUCCAAAGCCGGCAAAGCCCCAGCAGCCCUGCUCAGUCGUGGUGGGAGGGGGCAGCAGCAACAGCACCAAGGACGGAGGAGCUGCAGGCUCACUGCAAGAGGCCGAGUGGUACUGGGGCGACAUAUCCAGGGAGGAGGUGAAUGAUAAACUCAGAGACAUGCCUGAUGGGACCUUCUUGGUUCGGGAUGCUUCCACCAAGAUGCAGGGUGACUACACACUCACACUGAGGAAAGGCGGCAACAACAAGCUGAUAAAGAUCUAUCACCGGGAUGGGAAGUACGGUUUCUCUGACCCACUGACGUUCAGCUCAGUGGUGGAGCUCAUCAGCCACUACAGACAUGAGUCUCUGGCACAGUACAACACCAAGCUAGACGUCAAACUCAUGUACCCCAUCUCCCGCUUCCAGCAGGACCAACUAGUUAAGGAGGAUAACAUAGAUGCUGUAGGGAAGAAGCUGCAGGAAUACCACAAUCAGUACCAGGAGAAGAGCAAAGAGUAUGACAGACUGUAUGAAGAAUACACCAAGACGUCACAGGAGAUCCAGAUGAAGCGGACGGCCAUUGAAGCCUUCAAUGAGACCAUCAAGAUCUUCGAGGAGCAGUGCCACACACAGGAGCGCUACAGCAAGGACUACAUCGAACGCUUCCGCCGCGAGGGCAAUGACAAAGAGAUCGAGCGAAUCAUGAUGAACUAUGAGAAGCUCAAGUCUCGGCUCGGCGAAAUCCACGACAGCAAGGUGCGACUGGAGCAGGACCUGAAGACACAGGCCAUGGACAACCGUGAGACAGACAAAAAGAUGAACAGCCUGAAGCCAGACCUCAUACAGCUCCGCAAGAUCAGGGACCAGUAUCUAGUCUGGCUCAAUCACAAAGGAGUUCGUCAGAAACGGAUUAACGACUGGCUGGGAAUCUUGAAUGAGAGCACUGACGAGAGCUACUUUGUGAGUGAAGAGGAUGAGAACUUGCCUCACUAUGACGAGAAGAGCUGGUUUGUCGGGGACCUAAACAGGACGCAGGCAGAGGACCUGCUCCUCGGGAAGCCGGACGGAGCUUUUCUCAUCCGAGAGAGCAGCAAAAAGGGCUGCUAUGCCUGUUCCGUAGUUGUUGACGGGGAGGUGAAGCACUGCGUCAUCUACAGCACACCGCGCGGCUUCGGCUUCGCUGAGCCCUACAACCUGUACAGCAGCCUUAAGGACCUGGUGCUCCACUACCACCAGACCUCCCUGGUGCAGCACAACGAUUCGCUCAAUGUGCGCCUCGCAUACCCCGUCUACGCACAGAUGCCCUCCGGACGCAGAUGAACCCCACCCGCUUGGCUGCACCCCAACACAGACAACAAAACAGCCCCCUCUUCGGGAAGGGAGAACAGGGAGAAUGAAGGGGGGGGGGGGG